AUGGGCAUUAUGGUGGGAACGAAAGGUAUUGGUGUCGCCCCCAAAGCCAAGUGGAUUGCGUGCAAAGGGUGCAACGGCAACAGCGAUUGCGAUGAACUCAAGGUGGUGCAAUGCGCUCAAUACCUGCUUUGUCCCCACAACAACGACGGCAACAACUUCGACCCCAGCAAGGCCCCUCAUGUGAUCAACGGACACUCCAGCGACGAUAGUUUCAUCUGGACCCGUGGCUCAAGCCUGGCUGCGCCUCAUGUUUCUGGAGCCAUCGCCUUGUACUUGUCUGCCAACAAUGGCGCCUCGUACGACCAAGUGUACAGGGCCCUGACCGAGAAUGUGGAUACGAACACGCUAACUCCACCCAACAAGAACUGCGGUGACAUUCCCAACACGCAGUAUCCCAACAACCUCUUUGGCCACGGCCGCUUGAAUAUCUUCAAGGCCGCCGUGGCUGCUGGCAUCCGCGGCCUGACUCUUCCCCCGCCAUCCGAGUCCACCCAAGUCCUGAACCCGAACGAUGACCUAAGCACGUGUGGCACGUUGGAAGACAACACGCACUAUGUUGGCGGCGACUUGGCUUCGUUCAAUCGGACGACUGUUGAAUCCUGCUGCGCUGAAUGUAAAAAGACACCGCGAUGCAAAGCGUUUGUGUGGUAUACCCUCAACGGUGGCUUGUGCUGGCUCAAGCACACCCAAGGCCCAAAGGCGGAUGCGGACGGAGCCAAGGCGGGGGUGCUACCAGCCCCAGCCUCGGGACGACGGCCGUAG